AUGGUUCAAGAGGUCGCGGCCGAGGCGGCGGUCGAGGACGAGGGAGGGACACCCGGCGAGGGCGCCCCCUUACAGCCCGUAGCGGAGCCCGCGGCCAAACCCCCCCCAGCUGACGAUGCCCAGUCCGUUGCUGCUACAGACUCAGAUGCCGAGGUCUGCUUUAUUUGUGCGAAUCCCGUUGUGCACUAUGCGGUUGCUCCUUGCAAUCAUAGGACGUGCCACAUUUGUGCCCUGCGCAUGAGGGCUCUCUACAAGACCAAGGACUGCCCUCACUGCAGAACCCAGGCACCCUUCGUCAUCUUUACAGACGAUCCGGAGAAGCGAUAUGAAGAUUACACCGACGCUGACGUCACGAGCACUGACGAUAACAUCGGCAUACGAUACGUCAACGAGGACAUUGUCGGCGACACUGUCCUCCUUCUACGAUACAACUGCCCCGACCCUUCUUGCGACUUUGCCGCUCUUGGAUGGCCUGAUCUCCAUAGGCAUGUUAGGUCGACUCACCACAAGAAGAUGUGCGAUCUUUGUACGAGGAACAAAAAGCUCUUUACCCACGAACAUGAACUCUUCCAGGACAAGGAGCUCGAGAAGCACAUGAGACGAGGCGACGAUCGGCCUGGUGCUUUGGACCAGACUGGCUUUAAGGGACACCCUCUCUGCGGCUUCUGCGGGCAGCGAUUCUACGACGAUGACAAGCUUUACGAACAUUGCCGAAACAAGCACGAGAGGUGCUUCAUCUGCGACAGACACGAUUCUCGACAACCCCACUACUUCCUUGACUACGACGCUUUAGAAAAGCACUUUAAGGCGGCCCAUUUCCUGUGCUUAGACAAGGAGUGCCUGGAGAAGAAAUUUGUUGUCUUCGAGUCGGAACUCGACCUCAAGGCCCACCAGCUCAGCGAGCACGCAAACACGUUAUCCAAGGAUGUGAGGAGGGACGCCAGGGUCGUUGACAUGUCGUCGUUUGACUUCCGUCCGUCCUAUCAGUGGGAGCUCUCCGAAAGGCGCGGCGGAAGGCGGGGGGGAGCAGGCCGAGGACGAGGCCAAGAUCCCAACGCCGAGCCCGUGCCGGCAAGUUCAGCCCAACCGAUGCGGAGGGAUGAGCUGGCAUAUCACCGGCAGCUUGCGAUUCAGUCGACCCAGAGUGUAUCCAACCGCAGUUUUGGUAGCCAGCUUAGCACGGAUGCUAGGCCUGCUGCCGCCCCCGCUGCUGCUGCGGCUGCUGCACCCAGCCGUCCCAGCGCCGCCGCUUCCUCCUCGGCGGCGCAGGCUGCAACGACACCCGUUUUCUCGCUCGGUAACCAGACGGACUCGGUAGAGUCGAUUGACAUGGCAUCUCUUUCGGUACAGGAUAGGGCACGCUUGACGCGCCACCGAGGCGUUAUCGAGCGUGCGCAGACGUUCUUGGGCAACGAUGCGGCCAAGAUGGCACGCUUUAGGCAAGGCGUGUCCUCGUACAAGAACGGAAAAUUGACGGCGCCGCAGUUUGUCGAUGCACUUUUUACCCUCUUUUCCGAUACUUCGUCAAAUUCUCUCGGCAUCCUAGUCCGAGAACUCGCUGAGCUCUUUGAGGAUCCCGGCAAGGAGGAUGCCCUCCGCAAGGCAUGGCAGGAUUGGAGGGCUAUCAACGAGGAUUACCCGUCUCUUCCGGGACUCGGCGGUAUGCACGGAGCGACCACGGCUAGCAGCGGUUGGGCUGCCGCCGCCAUGGCUUCCCCGGCAUCCCCCGCCGGCACGGCAUCACAGAGGCAUUCCAACCGUGUGCUCCGGCUCAAAAGUAGUACUCGUCAGAGUGCGGAAGGCCCCGCAGUAUCGAGUGCUUCGUCUUCAUGGACCGCCCCACCUUCGAUGACAGCCCGUCCGCCGCCGGCCUCCGCGUUCCCGGCUCUUCCCACCGUAGCCCGACCAUCGGCGAGUACAUCGAACGUGGCGAGAUCGUGGGCCGUAUCUGCGGGAGGCCAAUCCGGCAGCAGCGGCGGAGGAUCCAAGGCUGCCGGCCGCCCGCCACACGGCGAGGAUAACUUCCCGGCCCUACCAGCAGCGCCGAAGCCCGUGACCAGCCUGUACGGAUACGGCAGGGGUAGCGUCCGCCGAGACUGGGGCGCAAACCGAGACACAGGUUUCUCGUGGGGCGGUGGUAGUUCGCAGCAAGCGGCUAGCGGAAACAAUACGGAGAGAGAGGAAGAAGACGGAGGUGAAGGAGGAGGCAAGAAGAAAGGAAAGAAGGGGAAGAAGGUGUUCGUGGCGUGGGGAUAG